AUGGAUCAAUAUGAAUUUGGAAUAGUAAAAGAAUUAGAGGAGGAAAAAUAAGAUUAUAAAAAGGGAAUAUAAGAAGGAAAGACUAUGGCAUUUUGUGAAGAAGAUUAAAAAAUACCAAAUAUAAAAAAAGUAAAAUUGGUUGUUUGAAUCCUGGUAAAUCAUUAAAAAUUUAGUUUGAAUACAUCUAACCUUUAUAAGUGUUUCUUAAUUAAUUUUGGAAAUUAGAAUUGUAACCAAUGAUAGAUAAAAUUUAUUUAGCAAUUAAUGAAUUAUAAAAUACUGAUGAUGGGUAUGCUUAAUUGUUUUCUUUUAUUAAUGAGAACGUUUACAUUUGGACAAUGAAAUUAAUUAUGGGCAAACCUAUUACAUAUGUUAAGUCUCCAACACACUCGAUAUUGUUUCAUUCUGAUAUUAAUAUGAAAGAGAAAUAAAUUAGUUUAUAAUCUCCAUAAGACCAGUUAUAUAUUUCCUUAGAUAUGGAUGAUCCAGAAAAUUUAAAACCAAAUUAAAGGUUUGAAUUAUUAUUUUCCUCAAAACAUAUUAAUGACCCUUGUACAAUACUUAGCCAUACUAAUAAUGAUGCUUUACAACAUAUUAAAUAUUGCGCUACUUUAAAUCUCAUUCCAAAAUUCAAUGAAUUUUCAAUAGAUGAUGCUUAUCAAUCUUAUAUAAAUGGUUUUAAUUUACCUUCACAGACAUAAAUAUAAAGAGGUAUUUUCUAUUUUUUAUUGAUCGAAGUCUUUCAACGAGACACAAAAAAAUUAAAAGAACAAAACAAGUGUUGA